AUGACUACAACUACAACCAAGACCGUGACCAAACCGAUUAAUCGCUCACCCUUCAAGAUUGAAGGCCCCUAUGGUGACUUCAGAGAUGAACUUGAAUCUGAAGGGUUCGUCGUCAUCAAAAAUGCGAUAGCCCCGGAGAAAGCGAAAUACUAUCAACAGCAGUCGCUAGACUGGCUUCAAGAUCUCAGCCCGAAUAUUGACUACGACAAUCCCUCGACAUGGACCAAGGAAAAUCUCCCAAUUGCAGGUGGGGCCAACAACUACUUUGCUUACAGUGUUGCACACGAGAAGUUUAUGUGGGAGGCACGUCUGGAGCCGAAGGUUCUAGAGGCAUUUGCUAAAAUCUGGGGCACGGAUGAAUUACUCGUCUCCUUCGAUGGUCUUAAUAUCACUCUGCCCAAUAAACCGACUAGGGCACCAUGGCCUCAUGUGGACCAAUCGCCACUUCGCCGCGGUCUCCACUGUAUCCAAGGGAUUAUCAAUCUCAGCCAUGCAGGACCCGAAGAUGGCUCGUUGAUUUUGCUCCCCAAAUCUAACGCCUUGUCUGAUGAAUUCUUUGACACCCAAGUUGAUCCAUCAACUUGGCAGGAAAGAGAUUUUAGAUUCUUCAGCGAAGAGGAAAUGGAAUGGUACCAGGCUCGUGGGGUCAAGCCCAUGAAGGUCCUUGCAGAGCCUGGCGAUUUGAUCCUAUGGGAUUCACGUACUGCCCACUGGGGUGGUGAGCCAACCCCCCAAAGUAAUACUAUUCGAACGGUCAUCUAUGUAUCGUAUUCGCCAGCCAGCUUAGCUUCCGAAGAGGCUCUAGAACGAAAGAAAGAAGCGUUUGGAUCGUUCCGGGCAACGGCGCACUGGCCUCAUGACAAUAUUAUGCUCCGCGAUAACAUCAUAUACCUCCCUGAUGGGGCCGUGGAUCCACGCAAUCGGACUAGGCCGGUUGAGGAGCCCGAGUAUACGGACCAGCUGCUCCGACUAGCUGGAGUAAACCCGUACUGA